UUCUAUUUUGCUUCAAAAAUACGCGGUGAACUAAAACCUGCUUCCGUUGCUAACGUGUUCCGCAAACUAUAAAUUAGAGAUUUAUCGUGAACUAAAACCUUCUUCCCAUUUCGUCUCUCUCAAUUUCUUCUUCUUCUCCGCACUAACCUACCGGCACUGAAAUCGCAAUGAACCGCCAUUUUCGUGCCUGUAACGUGGCUCUAUUUCUCUUAUCGUCAUCGAUUUUCAACCUUCUCUUCUUGAUUUCUUUUUUUCUUCUAUGAUUUUCUUUUCCUUGAAAUUUUAUGUUCUCUGCAAUUUCUUCACUUUUAGGAUUAGGUUAUGGAGAACGUGAUGAGCAACGGCAAGAUGAAGGUUUCGAAGCUGCGAACUUUGAACGAGAACUUUUCGCCGUUGCAGAUCGAGUUGGAUGAAACGAGAGGACGCUAUCUCCAAUCAGCGACGAUGAGUCCGCGUUUUCAACACUACACCGAGAAACACGACGUCGGCUCGCCGCUCGUUCAAUACUUCUACGCCGGAUCUCCGAUUUCAUCUAAAGCCGGCGAGGCUUUCAAUUCUCCGCUUUUCGGCUCCAGCAAGUAUAAAUCCGCCAACAGUAGCUUUGGUUCAGGGAACAGUAGCUUUGGCUCUCGCGGUAGAUUGUCCCUCUCUCCGCUUUCUUCAAUCGAGAACUUCGAAUUGAAGUCGCCGCCGAUGUACCGAACGCCAGUGAAGGUGGAAGAGGAAGUUAUUGUGAUGGAUGAUAUUCAGGUGAGGCCAAACUUCGGAGGAAAGAGCGGAAGGUCAUCAUCGUCUUCUUCCAGUAGGGGCUCCUCUUCCUCUUCUUCGUCAAACAAGAGUUUGUUUAAGACGGAGAUUUGCAGAGCAUGGGAAGAAACUGGAAACUGCCGCUUCAAUUCCAAAUGCCAGUUUGCUCACAUCAGAGAAGAGCUUCAUCCAGGUCGUUUCCCCAUGAAUAUUAAAUCUGAGGCACAGAUGGGCAAAAUUUCUAUUAGACCAGGACCGUCCAUAUAUAGCCCAAAUACCUGCAUUGUUCAAGAACAUCAAGAAGUAGCUGAACCUCAACGUGUAGUCACAAGACCCAUAAUAAUAUCACAACCAUCUUCACCUGAACGUCAUCGCAUGCACACCAAAUCCCAUACCAUCAGUGACUGGUCACCUCUGGAUGAUGGCAUUGAGUGUUUCCUCCCAAAUUGUGCAGAUAGAGUUCCCUCAAGGCAGGAAGUUGAUGCACAUAUUAUUUCUGUUCUUAAUCAGUCGACUACUAAAAGAAGACUACCAGUAUUCGCGGAACUUUGCUAGGGACAGUAAUCUCCAUGACUAUCAAAAAGACUCCUCACUGGGAAUUACUCUCAAUACCAUAUAUUUUUUUCUCUAUUAGUUGAAUAAUGUUCUCCUGGUAAAUAAAUACCAUUGUAGUUCGUGUGCUGCUAACUAAUAUUAGGUGACAUUUAAUGGUCAGUUGAUGGCUAGAUUACCAGUGCUGUGCAUACAUAGAAUAAUAACAUUUUUCCAAAAAUGGCAGAACCAGCUAUGAUCUUUGAUUGAACAAUCAUGUUUACUGAUUCUUUGUUGAGUUCUGAAUUUCACAUUUGGCAUAUGACCAACAUUAGUACAUGUAUGAAUUCGUUGUAAAAUUGAAAGAAUCACUGUGAGCUAUUGUAAUUUUGAUUAAAACUGCACUUUAGAACUUCAACAAAA